GGCUGAGUGGACAAACGAUAGGGAAUUCACUUCUUCAUUCCAGUCCGGUCAAUUUACCCGGAUUUUGUACUGUCAUCCUAAGAGGGAGUCUUCCUGAUCAAGAUCUGGUCGGCCUACGAAAGAAAACCAGCAGGCGUGCUGUUGCGAGGUUGCUGUGUACUGCAUGGGAAUGGGGAUGAAAUUCCAUCUGGCCAUUUUCGUUUUCUACCUGCUUCUGCGCUUACGGGUGGAAGGGGUACCCAGGAGCAUGGAAAUCCUGGUGAAUGGGGCUAAGAGGCUGCAACAACUGGCUCCAGCAGUGGGAGGAAGUUCUAACGAGGUCUCUGACGAGAACAGCCUAAUAGAGAAAAUGACUUUGGCGAAAGAUUUGGAGGAUGAAGAGAGUGAAGAAAAGCGAAGCAAGACGCAAACGUUUGAGUCUGGUACCUUUCCUCGCUCUGGAAUCGACGGGAAUCUCGUGAUCGACCGAGAACUCGUACAGGAUUCGUUGAACAUGUUUAGAGGAGAAAAUGAACUAGCAGAGACAUCCUCGAGAGGCUCACACUUGCUGCAAGAACAUCCACUCUUAAGCCAGGGGCUGGAACCGUCGAAUCGCUGCAACUCUACUCUUCCCUGGCUCGGGAAGAUGACAAAGGGGAUCGACAUCACGGAACUGGACCUGACUCCUUUUGACUUCGUCUUGCCUGAUGGCUUCAAGCUCCCUCUCUUCGAUUUCACAUGCGAACAAGGCAACAAGAUCGUCAUGAACAAGACCGAGUACCAGCUACCAGACCAGAUAUGGGCUAUGACACCUGUUCCAGGAGGCUGGUUCUCAUCCAAUGUGGAGAUCUUCAAAUCCUAUCAGGAAGUGAAGCGCUCCAGGUCGACGGACGUUGGGGUCAAGGGAGGAUUUUUGUGGUUUAGUUUCUCUGCCAGUCGCUCCUAUAUGUACAUGCAGAACACAAUCACCAACAACUCCCGUUAUAUUGAAGAGGUUUCUGCCUUCGAAACGGCCGUACGAGCUGACCUUCACCCAAGUUGGAUUGUCCAGAUGAGCAAAAUGAUAGACGUGUUCGUUGAAGGCCGGCUUAAGAAAAAUUUUACCGAAGAUCCGGGUGCAUACGAGGAAUUCAUAGAUAACUUUGGCACCCACUAUUUCAAGACUGCAUGUUUUGGAGGAUUCAUCAAGCUACUGCUGGAGACCAAAUCAGAAUACUUUAAGAACGUAACGGACGAACAAGUGAAGGCCCAGGCUGGCGCUUCUUUCCUGAAACUUUUAUCCCUGAAGGGAAGUAUAUUCGAUGAUACGACGAAACUCGACGAGAGAUUUGAACGGAUGACACGAAAGACAAUCAGGUAUUACGGCGGAGAUGUGAAAUUCAAUUCCACCAAUAACACUCUCCAGGAUUGGCAGCCGACAGUUUCGAAAAAGCCUUGGCUCUUUUCUGGUGAGCUGGAGCCCAUUAGCGACCUUCUUCAGGAGGAAAAUAAGAGGAGGUCCAUGGAACAGGCCGUGAUGAACCACGUUCUGCAUGCAUACGUGGAGGAACUUGCCAGAAUCGUGAAGGCGGUUCCACCGCAUUGGCCUGUUGGACUCAAGAAACUCAUGUCCUUGCAAGAUGAGAUCGCCUCUCUUCAAAGCACUCGCAUCCUGGAAGAGACAAAGGUGAAACAAGUCGCAGCGGCGGUGGAAGACCAAGUGGACAUUCCUGCUUGGUUCACGCGGUGGGUGCGAUUGUGCUUCCGUUGGGAAUCAAAUGGGCCAGGCGAGUGUUACGCAGAUGGGGGAGUCCAACAACUUUGCGCCAAUCCUGGUAUGAUGACUGCUAAUUUUACGGAUUACACCAGGAGCGGUAACGGAUGCAAUAUGACCUGGGGAAUCCUAUCCGAAUUCGAACCGGACUGGUUUAAAGUAGUCCAGUUCUGCUUCCGUUGGUCCAUUUGUGGUAGUGGGAGCAUCUGGCAGACCUGUGGGAGAGACAUCGAUCCACCCAUAUGCGCGCCAGUAAAUAAUUGGACCAAAAUCUAUCUAGACAACUCAAGUUCUUUAAAGACAGUUCGGGUUUCGUGGAGUCUGCUCGUCCCCAGCACUGCCCCCGUCUGGCUUCGCAACAUCAAACUCUGCUUCCGUGGUUACAAGGAUCCAAUGGGUAAUGUUAACCGUGAAGCAUGCGCCAUUGCCAACGAGUGGACUCCCUAUCGUCACGACUUAAGUUCUUCAAGUGCUGCCUUCACUUUGAAUUGGAGUCUUAAACUGGAAUAA